AUGAGUCACCGAAACCCUGGAGCUGCUGCAGACCCUGCUGCAGCCGCCACCCCCCUGCCCGAGCUGCCCGUUAUCGACGUGGAUGAUGAUUCUGCAGAUUCCACCUUUGGAGACGAGUCUGACGCCUCCGCUUACAGCGCCUCAGUCACCUCCUCAAUUCUAAAUUACGAGUAUGCCAACGGCCGCAGGUACACUGGCUUUAAAAAGGGGGAAUAUCUUCUCCCCAACGACGAAGCUGAGCAAGACCGUCUGGACCUUGUCCAUCACAUCUUUCUUCUACUACUCGACGGGAAACUCGUUCUCGCGCCCAUCGGCCCCAAUCCCCAACGGGCACUGGAUCUGGGGACUGGCACUGGCCUCUGGGCUCUGGAUUUCGGAGAUGAAUUCCCUUCCUCCCAGGCCAUAGGGGUCGACCUGAGCCCGAUCCAGCCGACUUGGGUGUCUCCCAAUGUUAAAUUUUACGUCGACGACAUCGAAACCGAAUGGGGGUACAGCCGUGAGGAAGCUUUCGAUAUCAUCCACGCACGCCAGAUUGGUGGGAGUAUUGGGGAUUGGGGCAAGUUGCUAUCGCAGUGCAUGGAACACUUGAAACCAGGAGGCUGGCUGGAGAUUCAGGAGCCCGAGGCGUGGAUGUCGUCUGACGACGAUACCAUGGCCAGAGCCACUGCCGCCUCCGAGGUCCAGAUUCUCUGCAAUGCUGCGGCGAAGAAGUUCGGGAAAGAAAUCAACAUGGCACAUAAGUUCAAGCAAAUGCUUAUCGACGCGGGAUUUGAGGAUGUGCGGGAGGAAAUCUUCAAGGUUCCAAUCGGGCCUUGGCCCAAAGACCCGAAACUCAAAGAACUCGGACGCUAUUUCCUUGAAAAUGUUAUUCUGGGUGUUGAAGCGUACGCUUAUGGCUUCAUUGGCAAAAUCCUCGGAUGGAGCCAGGCCGAGUGUCAGGUCCUCUGCGCGAAAGUCAAGGCGGAGUUUCGCGACCGGAGAAACCACAUGUAUAUCAAAACCUAUAUUGUCUAUGGGAAGAAGCCCGGCUAA